AUGGGUUCUUUAUGCGCUCGUAUAUUCGGUGGUCGUAACACUGACCCUUCAAAGCCGGAAGGACCGUCGACUGGGGUAAAUCCUUAUACUAUCCCAAUAGAAGUAACAGAAGAUUUCUCAGAGGACGCACCUCCCAUCCCACCUCGACCAAUAGUUCAUUCGCCACCACCAACAAAAGUCGACGCAUCGGAUAACGAACAGCUGCAAUUACUGAAACCGAUAUAUAUUGCUCGAAAUUCUUAUCAAGCACAAACUGCGGAUGGUAUUUCGUUUGACGUUGGUGACGAGUUUGAAUUUAUUUGCAAUACAGACAAUCAAUUUUUUAAAAUGAGACAUCUUCGCUCGGCUAAGACUGGUCAGGUUCCAAAAAAUUCCGUACAACUAGAUCCAGACACACCCAUUAGACUUGGUGUUACUGAUAAAGGUACAAUUGAACGGUGUCUAUUUAAAUAUAAUGUCCUAUUUAGCUACCUCAUUCGUCGCAGCGAAAACAAAAAGAAUUAUGUUUUGAGUGUGAAUCAACCAAAUCCAGAACGAAAUACUCUCUGCUGGCAUUAUUUGAUAGAAACCGAUCCAAUAAAUCAUCGGUUUUACCUAUCGUUAGAAGAAAAAUUGAAACACAAAUCCUAUUCAUCAUUUUCGUCCCUUGUUCAAGAUCCUGAUUUACUCAGCAGAAUUCCUUUGAAGGAACCCAUCAGUAAAGAUUUUAUCAUUAAUAAAGACGAACUCUGGAAAAUCGAUUAUAAUGAGUUAGCUUUGGGCCAUGUGAUCGGACGCGGAGAGUUUGGUGAAGUACAAAAAGGUGAAUGGCACCAAAAAAAUGGAAAUGUUGUAAUGAUAGCAGUUAAACGGUUAACGGUUGUUGAUCAAGCGCUUUCCGAAUUUGAACGAGAAACACGGGCCAUGCAGGAUUUAAGAAGUACGUAUCUCGUUUCAUUGUUCGGCACAUCAAUCGAUCCCAUUACACAUGAGAAACUAAUGAUCACCGAAUUCAUGGAGCAAGGCGAUCUUAAAUCUUAUCUCAAAAGCCAGUCUACCGCGAUAAGUGAUCACAGACUCAUGCAGUAUGCAGGGCAGACAUGUCGUGGUAUGGCCUAUUUGGAACAGCAUAACUAUGCUCAUCGAGAUUUGGCAUGUAGAAAUAUCUUACUUACGAACAACAAUGUGAAAAUAGCUGAUUUUGGACUGUCGCUGCUCGUCACCAAUAAUGAAAAUAAUGACAUUAGACGUAUCAUUCAACAACAAAAACUCCCUUUUCGGUGGACAGCACCCGAGAUAUUUAUUGACACUUCUAAAUAUUCUCUAAAAUCUGAUAUAUGGGCAUAUGGUAUUGUUCUUAUAGAAAUGUGGACGAAAGGUGAUGAUCCUUAUCCGGGCAAACAUCCAGAAUGGAUAAGAAGCGCAGUUCAAGAUGGAAUUAUACACGAAAGACCCGAUACUUGUCCAAAAAAUAUCUAUGAUCAAGUUAUUAAGCGAUGUUUCGCGAGAGACCCGAAUGAGCGACCAGCAUUUGCACAUUUAUCUCAAAUAUUGAACAAAAUUGCCAUCUAG